UCCGAAGUGAAGAAGAAAGAUAGGGCAUGAAGGUGUUGAAGAAUGAAGCCUCAGCAGCCUCAUAUAAAAACCCCAAACCCAAACCUCUCUAACUUUCGCUUCUCCUCUCCCAAGUCGGCUUCUUCCUUCUGAUUCGCGAUUCCUCCUUCUUUUCUUCUUUCCAGGUUGAGUUGUUUAGAAGUUGAAUUUGAGGGCAGUUUGUUGAAUUGAAGGUUGAUUUCUGGCAGCCGCCGAAAUGGCUGUGCAUUCGGAAUAUCGUCUUAUUGCUUACUCAGAAGAGAUUGUAGAUGGGCAGCCUAUUUUUGUUUCUUCAAACUGUCUUCCUAUCAAGGCUGUGAAAUAUGAACCAGCUGGCCAUGCCUUCCAUUCUGCCGCACUCAAACUUCUCGGUGUUAGGGAGAGUAACGAAGAUCCUGAUUCUAAAAAGGUUGUUGACGAUAAGGAACCGACAUCUCUCCCGUCCGAUUCCUACAGCAGCAAGAGCAAAAAGAAAGCUGGAGACAAGCAGCAAGAUCACUAUGCAUUGUUGGGCCUGAGUCAUCUAAGAUAUCUUGCCUCGGAGGAUCAAAUUCGUAAGAGCUACCGCGAAACUGCCUUGAGGUUUCAUCCCGACAAACAGGCUGCUCUGCUUCUUGCUGAGGAAACCGAAACCGCGAAGCAGGCAAAGAAAGAUGAAAUAGAAAGCCACUUUAAGGCCAUCCAGGAGGCGUAUGAGGUCUUGAUUGAUCCCGUGAAAAGAAGAAUUUAUGAUUCGACAGAUGAGUUUGAUGAUGAGAUUCCAACUGAUUGUGCUCCGCAGGACUUCUUCAAAGUGUUUGGUCCUGCAUUUAUGAGGAAUGGUCGGUGGUCAGUCAGUCAACCAAUUCCAUCACUAGGCGAUGAUAAUACUCCACUAAAAGAAGUUGAUGAUUUCUACAAUUUUUGGUACUCCUUUAAAAGUUGGAGGGAGUUUCCCCAUGCUGAUGAGUUUGAUCUUGAGCAAGCUGAAUCUCGUGACCAUAAGAGAUGGAUGGAAAGGCAGAAUGCAAAACUUUCAGAGAAAGCUAGGAAGGAAGAGUAUGCUCGGAUACGUUCCCUUGUUGAUAAUGCUUAUAAGAGAGACCCAAGAAUAUUGAGAAGAAAAGAAGAGGAGAAAGCUGAGAAGCAAAGGAAAAAAGAGGCUAAAAUCAUGGCAAAGAGGAUGCAGGAAGAAGAAGCAGCCAGGAUUGCAGAAGAGGAGAAGCGGCGAAAGGAGGAGGAAGAGAAACGAGCUGCAGAAGUUGCUUCACAGCAGAAGAAGGUGAAGGAGAAAGAGAAAAAGCUCUUGCGGAAGGAGAGAACACGGCUGCGGAAUCUCUCUGGACCUAUAUUGUCACAACAGUUACUUGGUAUUUCUGACGACGAUGUUGAGAAGCUUUGCAUGUCAUUUGAUAUUGAGAAGCUAAGGGGUUUGUGUGAGAAAAUGGAGGGAAAGCAGGUAGUGGACCAGGCAGAAGUCCUAAGAGAUGCACUGAGUUGCAAGAAAGACGAGACUGAUAAGAAAGAAGAGAGAAGUAUCCAACAAAAUGGUGCCGUGAAGGUUAAUGGCAGUGUUUCUUUAAGCAACAUUGAGAAGAAGGAGAAACCUUGGAGUAAAGAAGAGAUUGAUCUAUUGAGGAAAGGAAUGCAGAAAUAUCCCAAAGGAACUUCAAGGAGAUGGGAGGUUAUUUCCGAAUACAUUGGUACUGGAAGAUCAGUGGACGAAAUAAUGAAGGCAACAAAAACAGUUCUCCUCCAGAAGCCAGAUUCAGCCAAAGCUUUUGAUGCUUUCCUUGAGAAAAGGAAACCUGCAGCACAAUCAAUUGCAUCUCCACUGUCAACCAGAGAAGAAUUAGAAGGGGUAUCAAUUCCUGCAAAGCCUGAAAAUAGUGCUGCUGCAACAACAAAUAACUCAGAAGACUCUAAUAGCAACCAGACAUCUGGUUCUGCUCCUUCUCCUGCUGCUGCAAAUGGAGUUUCCUCUAGUUCAGAACAAGACGUGUGGUCUGCAGUACAGGAACGAGCACUGGUUCAAGCUCUAAAAGCCUUCCCAAAGGAAACUAACCAGCGAUGGGAACGAGUCGCAACAGCUGUCCCUGGAAAGACUGUGAAUCAGUGCAAGAAAAAAUUCGCAUUGAUGAAGGAGAGUUUCAGGAGCAAGAAAAGUGCGGUUUAAUCUGCUGGUUUGGAACUGAAUCAUGGAAGCACUGUCAGGCUUAGAUCUUAUGAUACAUAGGCAUUGUCCCACCAGACAUGAGGUAAUAUUUGAUUCCUGUAUGCAGAGCUUCUUCCUGCUACUGCUGCUUUAGAUUUUACAUAUUAAAUUUUUGAGGAGCUUUACUUCUCCAACUGUAGGUUAGUUUCAAAUUUCAUCAUAUCCAUAGCUGUUUCAGUCUGAUGGAUAGUUAAUUUGAUGUCUUAUUUUAUGAUGUUUUCUGAAUAUUAGGCUGUGCCCUGAUACCUUAGUCCAACCAUGGAAUACAUUUACAUGUAUUGAUUAUGGGAGAGCAAAAUAUCAUUUGUAGACUAAACCGAUUAUGGCCAUAGCACAUUGAUAUUUUGAUUUUUGACAAUUUGAAGAACCGAUAUUUAUUAUACAA